GCUGACUCUAGGGGAAACCCCUGUCUCCUCCCCUCUCAGGACCCGUCCGCUCGCUAGACCCAUAAUUCCCCGCGCCAAGACAAGAUGGAAGAAAGCAGGGGCCCCAAGACAACAAUGUUUUGGCUAUAAAACCUAAAAGAACGAGAAAGGGAAGAGAAUACGAACGUUUAAUGCAAAUAGCGGUCAUGUGUAGGACAUCCCCACCUGGCCCCAUUUAGUGUUUCCCCUUUCUACACGUGCUGACCAACCAUGAGUAUUAUCCAAGACAAGCUAGGCAACGAGUUUCUACGAGGCAAUGGGGGCAUGGACCCAAACUUUGCCCCCGGCAUGCUCAUGUUCAGCCACCUGCCGCCCGUCACCAGCUUCACCCGCCUGGCCUCGCAGUCGGUCAUGGGGGGUGACCUGCCACAGGAGAUGAUCCUGAAGAAGGAGCGCGACUCGCCACCCAACGCCCACGGCUUCCUCCACGGCAUGGGCAUCAAGCAAGAGCGGAUGAGCGAGCUGGACUACCGCAUGCCCCUUUAUAGCGGAGCUGGCGGGGGAGGAGCAGGGCUGGGUGGCAGCUGUGGCGGAGGGGGCGUGGGGAAGGGCAACGAGAUGCUGGAGAUGCAGUUUGGUGGAGGCCACCACCACAACCAUCAGAACAUGCUUCUGCACGACCUCAGCCUCGGCAAUGUCCGAAUGGGAGAGCCGAUGUCUGGAAGACCAGAGAAAGGGCCGAAAGAGACGUCGGGAAGAAGACGGAAGAGCAACAGUGAUGGGGAGGGGAAAGCCAGAAGAAAACGUGGAGAACCCAAGGCCAUGAUGUUGGACGGCGAGGGGACCGGCCUCUCUCCCAACUCCAAACCGCACAUCUGCGAGCACUGCAACGCUGCCUUCCGCAGCUCCUACCACCUCCGCAGACACGUGCUCAUCCACACAGAUCGCACAGGUGAGAGGCCUUUCCGGUGCAGUCAGUGUAACAUGAGCUUUAUCCAGAAGUACCUGCUGCAGCGGCACGAAAAGAUCCACAGUGGAGAGAAGCCCUUCAGCUGUGACCAGUGUAACAUGUGCUUCAUCCAGAAGUACCACAUGGAGCGACACAAGAGGACCCACAGCGGAGAGAAGCCAUACAGAUGUGACACCUGCCAACAGUUUUUCUCGAGGACAGACCGGUUACUGAAGCACAAGCGGACCUGCGGAGAAGCCAUAAAGAAGGGCCCGGACCCCAGCAUGUUGGAGCUUGCCCACGGGGACAUGGGCCAGGGCAACUACUCACUCACUCAGGGAAACGCUACCGCCACCUCUGCAUGCAAGAGGGGCAAGUCCAAAAACGCCGGCGAGGGCGGUGAUCGUAAGCGUAAGAAGGCUGCUGCCACCACCGUGUCGUCCGGGGGCCUGCAGGACUAUGGAAUGGAGUGUUCCGACCCCAGCCUGCAGGGCCGCACACCCAAGCUGGUGUUCAAGAAGGCUAAGAAGGGCCUCGUCCCCAUGGAGGACGGGGGGCAGAAGCUGCUGUCUCAGAAGCAGGGCUCCUUGGAGCUGGCGGGGGGCUCAGGGCUAGAUGCCAUGGUCCUCCUCCAGGGCUCCUCCAGCGGAGGGGCAAAACGAGGCCCAUCAGCCACAAGCAACAACUACGAUGACGCCAUGCAGUUUGUGAAGAAGCGGCGCUACCUCCAACACGUGGCCAGCAACGACUAUGCGGCGCCCUCCCUCCACAUGGGCCAGACCCAUGCCAGCAGCGUGAUCCAAGGCUCGCUGGGACACCUUAACGAGCCCACCCUCACCAUGCUGGACACUUCGCCCCUGGACCUCAAGCACCACGACAAGUCGGUCAUCCCGGACGAAGUGCUCCAGAGCCUGCUGGACCACUACAGCCACAAGUCGGAUGGCACGCACCACCACCACCACGACGUGACCUUUGACCUCUCGGACCACAGCGUCCCGCACCACGUGACCCUGCAGCCAGCGGCCCCUGUCACCCCAGAGCUGGACGACGACUCGCCCAGCGGCAGCGACAAGCAGGUGGUCAUGAGUGAGUACUCCAAGUUCCUUCUGCAGGCCCUGGAGCGCACCAGCCACAGCGGGCCCUUCUCCACGCUGGGACCCAGCGGGCCCUUCCCUUUGCUCUCCAGCCCUACGGGGCCCCUCUUCUCCGAUAAGCAUGUCUACACUACGUCUCCGCUGGAGUGCGGCUACCCGCCCGCCGACUCCUCGCCACUGCCCAUCCCCUCCAUCUCUUCUUCUUCCUCCUCCUUGUCGUCCUCUAAGUCCCACUACAGCAUGGUGGUGGGCUCCCCCUCCCAGCCGGCCUUCCACCUCAGUGGCCUGGAGGCGGCUGGCCACCAGCAGCUCAUCCCCUCUCAGGAGCUCACAGAGCAGCUGGAGAAGCAGCACCAGUCCCCUGUGUUCCAGCUCACGCCCCAGGAGCUGACGGCCGCCGAUGGAGCCCCCAAGGAGCAGGGGGCCAAGGGCAACGGGAGAAACGGCAGCUACUCCGACCUGGACACGCCCAAGGAAAUGGACCUGCGGGCGACCUACCAGAUCGAGAACUUCGCCCAGGCCUUUGGUUCCCAAUUUAAGUCGGGCCGCCGCACCCUGCUGGGCUACGGCACUGGGGCCGAGGUCGACCACCGAAUACGAACUCCCGUGUCAGAAUUCUCAGGGUAUACCAGUUUGUUAGCUGACGUCAGCGAGCCAGUAAGUACAGGAUCGAAAACCCCAACAAGCCAAAGUUUCAGGUAAGGGUUAAAACGAGGUGAACCUAGUUGCGGGUCUUGUGUUUUUCUUUGUGUCCCUAUACCCUUCUACAUUUUGUUCUUGUAGCGAGGUCAAUUUAUUUUUUAAACACUGCCAUUAAAUGUUGAUAACGAGAACUCUACCAGGGGAAGGUCUUCAAGGCCUCAAAUGCAAUUUUUUUAUAUUCAUUUUUUUUUAAAAUCUGUAUUUUGUCUUUAUUUUGUUAGCGUAGUUGGUAUGAUAUGAACGUAAACGUAGAUUUUAAUGUAAUUUAAACUGAAAAAUUAGGGGUUAGCUAAGCUUGAUUUUUCUUUGAACUCUUGUUUUUACCAAUCAUCAUACAGUUGUAAAGUAAUGAUGAAUGAUGUUAAUAAUUUCUAUAAUAUUACGUUUGUGGCAGGGAAAGGCCCAGAAUUCAAAUGGCAAAAAAAGUUCUAUAUUGUCUGUUACUAGAAUCGUAUUACUCAGGUAUUAAGGCAAAAAUUGUGUAAUAAUAAUAAUAAAAACUUUGUAUUAUGAGAUGCAAUUAGCACACUUUUUUUAAGUGUGCUUUGAGACUACAAAGCUUUUUUACUAUUUAUCCCUCGAGGAGCGGGGGAACAAAAAGACAAAACAAAUUCAGCGGAUCUUCCUGUUCAGUUUUCUUCGCCAUUGAACAACCCUUUCCUCUACGUGUAGCUGUGUAGAGAUUACGGUACUUCUGUGUCAAUGUGAAAAUGACCGUUCCCAUUUCCUCCCCGUAAAGGGCCACAUGUAAAACACACGCAGACGCGGAUAUUUUAUACACUCAAGAACUCGUAGUGCACACAGUCCAGGCUCAACGGAAAGAGGUUUCAAUCCGCAGACCUUUUUUGUUUAUAAACCGUGUCAAGUGAUGUUUGUCUAGGCCAUGCACCUUUUGGAUGGCCCCUUCAGUGGCCCGUGACAAGGAAAUGUGCUGGCCCCGUUGGCGACGUUUCAACAACUGUUGUCGCUCAUUUUUACUGGGUUCCACUCCACUCCUGGCUGUUAACUUCUUAUUUUUUUUGGUCAGUGGAAAUCAAACAAGCACUUUGAAAAACAAAAUUGUCAUUGAAAACUGAAAACAUCCCAACUCAAUUAAGGAUGUGCAAAACCAAGUGAUUAUUAUUUUUUAUUUUAUUAGAGGAGAGAACUGUGAACGGGGGUGGGUGGGAUAGGGUGGUUUGUUGUUCUGUAGGGAGGGUUAGACUGGGGUUGAAUAGAUGUAUUUUUGUUUUGUGUUUUUUUGACGGUUUGGUCAAGGGGAAGGGUUGUACAAAUGAUUUGCCAUUACUGUAUGUAACCCAAUGUUCUGAGAAGAUCUCUGUAUUGAUACCGAACAAAAAUAUAAACAACAUGCAACAAUUUCAAAGAUUUGACUGAGUUACAGUUCAUAUAAGGAAAUAAGUCAAUUGAAAUGUAUUCAUUAGGCCCUAAUCUAUAGAUUUCACAUGACUUGGCAGGGGUACAGUUAUGGGUGGGCAUAGGCCCACCUACUGGGGAACCAGGCCCAGCCAAUCAGAAUGAGUUUUUUUCCCCCACAGAAGGGCUUUAUUAUUUUUGGUUCCCGAGUGGCGCAGUGGUCUAAGACAUUGCAUCUCAGUGCAAGAGGUGUCACUGCAGUACCUGGUGAUUGGGAGUCUCAUAGGGCGGCGCACAAUUGGCCCAGCGUCAUCCAGGGUAGGCCGUCAUUUUAAAUAAGAAUUUGUUCUUAACUGACUUGCCUAGUUAAAGGUUAAAUAAAUAAUAUUACAUUACAAUCCAAAAUACUGCUCAGCGCAAAUGAAAGAAUUAAGCUUUUUGUGUGUAUGGAACAUUUCUGGGGUUUAUUAUUUCAGGUCAUGAAACGUGGGACCAACACUUUACAUGUUGCGUUUUAUAUUUUUGUUCGGUGUAAGUUGUUUCGAGAGGGGGCAGAUAUUAUGCUGCAACACUUCCCACUGGUGUACUAAGACUCUACUGGAUGCAAAAAACAAACUAUUUUCCCUUUAUUUAUUUGUAACCUAGCAAGAGUUUUUAUUUUUGCAGGGUGUUUUUGAAGUGCAAGUGUUCACUGUACAUCAAUCUGUCUGUACCUUAUGAAAUCAGGCCUGAUGCAUAAAAAUUACCUCACUCAUACAGGCUCAACGUUAUGGUGUAUAUAUAUAUAUAUAUAUAUAUAUCCCCCAAAAAGGCAGUCCUUCAAACUUUGCAAGAAUAAACAAUGGCCUUCUUUGUCUUCCGCAGCUCAAGCCAUUCUCUCCUGGCAGUCAGGGUUGAUAUUUAGUUAAUUUCCUGUGUGCCCCCCUCCCCACCCCCACCACAGCUGAUAGACUUUAAAGCUGCUCAGAUCACAGGGAACAAAAGAAUGGCUGACUGGCCACUUCACUCCAAAACACACACUAUGCUUUUAAAGAAAAGAGGGAGAGCGAGAGACAGAUGAGGAAAUAAAAAAUAGGAAUGACCUAAAUAUACAGUGGGGUCCAAAAUUGACAACCUUGAUAAAGAUCAAUAAAAGUGACUGUAAAAUACUGAUCUAUAUUGUAUUCUCAAACAAAUGGGGGAAAUAUAUUAGAUUAUGCUUCAGUGCCAUUAUCCUCUGAAGGUGAGGUAUUGAAAACAGAGGUAUCAAUAAUUUUGACCCCCACCUUCGUUCUCUGAGCAAUUGUAUUAGUAUUCAAUAUUGUAUUUUCCCCAGCAUGCAAUAUAGCUCAGUAUUGGAAUUAUUUUAUACAGCAAUUUUUGCUCAUUUUUGUCAAGUGUGUCUUUCAGAGAUCAAUGUACCUCAUAUCACUGAAGCGUCAGAAAACAGGGACACGUUUCAUGUAUGUAGUGGAAAUACUUGUAGUAUAGGUUAAACAUUUGUAUAAUCAUGUAACAAUGCCUGUGUUUACAAUUAUAGAAGAGCAAUUGACUCGUUGAAUUGCAAAAUGUAUUUGUUUUGUCUAAAGCCUUCACGCCAAGCAGUGUUGCAUUCUAGAUGCCUCAUAGAAACUUUAAUUUCUCAUGUUAUAUCCCUUAUUUUUGUUACUCGCCAUAAAUGUGUUGAUAUGAUCUCUAGAAGGAUAUUGUUUACAAAAAUGUACAAAAACACUAAAAAUGUAUGUUAAUUUUUUUGUUUUUGUUUCUACCGAUAUGCAUGAUAUGUUUUUAUGGCUUUUUUUCUUAUCGUCACCAGAACACCAAAUUUUGUAGCAGAUGCCUCCCCAUCCCUGUCUUUGUUUUUUUUUGUUCAAAACCCUUGUGAUAUGAUUUCCAGGGCUGUACCUGUUAUUGAAUUUAUAAAACGAUUUAGAGAAGCCAAUAAAAACAUUUUUUGGUAAUAAAAAAAA